AUGCUGCGGGUGUGCAGGAAGGCCCGGGCGGCGGCGCUGGCUCAGGAGUGCCUGCGUAUUAAGACUUCCCUCCGUCCCCUGCGUGCUGCCAGAGCAUACUCUACUGAAGCCUCUGGACCCUCAGCUGGGAAAAUUGUUGGCACGGGUCUACUGUUUGCUGGAGGUGGAGUCGGAGGUACCGUGCUCUAUGCCCACUGGGAUCCAAAGUUCCGUGGAAAUGUUGAAAAGACCAUACCUUACUCAGACAAACUUUUCGAUCUUGCACUAGGACCUGCACCCUACAGCCUACCAGUGCCAAAGAAACCGCAGGAGGAGAAGCCCUUAAAAUUAUCUAGACUUUCAGAAGUAAUGAAAGAAUCCAAACAGCCUAAAAGAGAGACCAUAGAGGCACCGCCGGCGGCCAGUGAAAGUGCAGAAGCUUCAUUGCACGUAGCACAGAUUAUCUCUGCAACUGGUGAUGCCGUCUCAGUCCCAGCUCCUGUUGUUCAUGAAGAGGAGACAAUGGAGCAGAAAGCAGAACACCAUGGCAGCUCAGCUGAGCAUUGUAAGGAGUGUGAGCAUGAGGAUAAACAUCGUCUGAAAGAACGACCUGCAGAGGAGGUGGCUGCUCGCCUUGUUCAGCAAGACAAAGCAGAGAGGGAGAAGAUAGAAUCUAUAGCAGCAAUCUUGGAGGAAGCACUUGGUAGUACUGCCCGGAUCACACUCCAAGCUGUCUCGUCCCAGGAGGCGGCAGUGCAAGCUGUGAACUUCCACGCCCAGAAACUGCGAGAGGCCAUGGAUGACUCUCAGGUUUCUGCAGAGCAUAAAUCCUUGCAGUGGAGGGAUUUGGAGGAUGCCUUAAAGGUGCGCAGCAGAGCUGUGGAUGAAGCAGCAGAUUCUCUUCUCAAAGCAAAGGAGGAGUUGGAACGAAUGAAGGGUGUUGUUGAUGAUGCCAAAAAGAGCGCUGUGAAUGGAGCCAAGCCUCACAUCAUUUCAGCCGAAGAGAACCUCCAUCGUAUGAUUGUGGAUUUGGACAACGUUGUUAAAAAAGUACAAGCAGCCCAGUCAGAAGCAAAGAUCAUGGCUCAGUACCAUGAACUGGUGGCCGUGGCACGAGAAGACUUCCAGAAAGAGCUGGACAGUGUCACCCCAGAGGUGCAGUCUGGCUGGAAGGGCCUCAGUGUAUCCUGUGUAGCUGGAAAACUAAGCACCGAGGACCUGAACUCUCUCAUCGCCCAUGCCCACCGGCGCAUUGACCAGUUACACAAGCAGCUAGCAGAGUACCGGGUGAGGGAACAGCAGCACAUCGAGGCAGCCCUAGAAAAACAGAAGCUGGAGGAUAAACACGCUCUGGAGUCUGCUGUGGGUAAAGCCCUGGAGCAUUACCGCGCUGAGAUCCAAUUGGAGCAAGACAAGAAGGUGGAAGAGGUGCGGGAGGUGAUGGAGGCGGAGAUGAGAACACAGCUACGUAGACAAGCGGCUGCGCACACAGAUCAUCUGAGAGAUGUCCUUGAUGUACAGGAACAGGAAUUCAAAGCAGAGUUCCAGCAGACUCUAUCUGAAAAGCUCUCUGAACAAGAAAUGCAGUUCAGACGUCUUUCUCAGGAACAGCUGGAUGGUUUCACCCUGGAUAUCAACACUGCCUAUGCCAGGCUGAAGGGCAUUGAGCAGGCUGUGGAAGGGCAUGCCAUAGCUGAAGAGGAGGCCAGGAAGGCCCAUCACCUCUGGUUAUCCAUUGAAGCUUUAAAGUUUACCCUGAGAACAGCAUCUGGCGAGAGCCCCACCGAGCCCCUGGGGAACGCAGUACAGGGGAUCAAAGCCAGCUGCUCCAAUAAUGAAUUCACAGAAGCCCUGACCUCCGCAGUCCCUCAAGAGUCCCUUCACCGUGGCGUGUAUAGCGAGGAAGCCCUCCGAGCACGCUUCUAUACCGUCCGUAAUCUAGCCCGCCGGGUGGCCCUUAUUGAUGAAACCAGAAACAGUCUGUACCAAUAUUUCCUCUCCUAUCUGCAGUCCCUUCUUGUAUUUGAACCUAAGCAGCUAAAACCCCCAAGUGAGUUGACAUCCGAGGAUCUGGACACAUUCAAACUGCUCUCUUACGCUUCCUACUGCAUGGAACACGGCGAUCUAGAGCUGGCUGCUAAAUUUGUCAAUCAGCUGAAAGGAGAGUCUAGAAGGGUGGCCCAAGAUUGGCUAAAUGAGGCCCGUCUGACCCUGGAAACCAAGCAGGUCAUCGAUAUCCUGUCUGCCUACGCCAGCGCAGUUGGCUUGGGCACAACACAAGUACAAUGA